CUGACAGGGUACUCUAUACCAAAGGAUCCGAAAUCUGGAUGUAAUCAAUUUACAGAUACAUUUACAACAUGUUCGUUAGGUCUGGAGCCGGACUUCCUCUAUCCGCUGGAGAACGUAACGAUCGCCCAGGGAAGGGACGCGACAUUUACGUGUGUGGUCAAUAACCUUGGUGGUUAUAGGGUGAGUGGCGACUCCGCCACCGCCAGGGUAGCAUGGAUCAAAGCGGAUACAAAGGCGAUUUUGGCGAUUCACGAACACGUUAUCACAAACAAUGCAAGACUGAGUGUAACACACAACGAUUACAAUACAUGGACACUGAAUAUUCGUGGUGUGAAAAGAGAAGACAGAGGACAAUAUAUGUGCCAAGUUAAUACAGAUCCUAUGAAAAUGCAGACAGCAUUUUUGGAGGUUGUUAUCCCUCCAGAUAUAAUUUACGAAGAAACAUCUGGAGAUAUGAUGGUGCCGGAAGGUGGUGGGGCAAAAUUAGUGUGUAAGGCACGAGGAUUUCCUCCUCCAAAAAUUGUUUGGAGAAGAGAAGAUGGUGGUGACAUCAUAUCAAGAGGUGGACCUCAAGGAAAAACAAAAGUGACUUCACUGGAGGGUGAGAUCGUAAACCUCACUAAAGUGACGAGGUCCGAGAUGGGAGCAUAUCUGUGCAUCGCAGCCAACGGAGUCCCACCUUCUGUAAGCAAAAGGAUAAUGCUUCAUGUACACUUUCAUCCGCUAGUACAAGUGCCGAAUCAACUGGUUGGAGCUCCGACAGGAACCGAUGUCACUUUGCAGUGUCAUGUUGAGGCAUCCCCAAAAGCCAUCAACUAUUGGACAAGGGAGAAUGGUGAAAUGAUAAUAUCAAACGACAAGUAUGAGAUGAGCGAGAUAAACAGUUCAGCGUAUAGUGUUCAGAUGAGGCUUGUUAUACGGAACAUACAGCGUAACGACCUUGGUGGAUACAAGUGUAUAUCGAAAAACUCCAUUGGGGACGCCGAGGGAAAUAUUAGAUUAUAUGAAAUGGAAUUGCCAUAUCGAAAGACGCGUCCUGAUGAUGAAAGGGAUUCAGAAUUAGAAGAAACAAAUGACGUCAGAUCCAGUCUCCAAGGAUCACUCCGUGAAGGUGGUCAUCGUGAAGACGUCAGCUUUCUUGGAGAAAGCGGUCCAUCUAAGGCAUCAUCGAGUAAAGCCACAUCGUACGUAAUGUUUUUAGUAUCAGUAUACCUGAUAUGUUAA